AUGGGGAGUGUCGCCGUCGCGGAGGUGGAUCUUGGGAAGCCGUGGCAGGAUGAGGGUGUCACGGUUGUGGAAGUGAGGACCUCGAGGAUGAAGGAUAUGAGGGGGAUGGCGAGUGUGAAGACGGGGAUUUAUAAGGAGAAGAGGGGGGAGAGGGUGUGGUGUGGUGUGGAGGGGUUGGAGGGUGAUGAGCAUGAUUUGACUUGUGAGUUUGAGGAUUUUUGUUUUUUUUGAGUCUUUUUUUGUUUUGGGUUUGAGAUGGAUUUUUGGGGGGGGNGGGGGGGGGAGGAGGAUGAGGUAUUGUGGGUUGUGAAUUCUUGUCUUUUGAGGUGUUUAGGGGGAGGAAAAGUUCUUUGGAAUUGGUUUUUGGAAGUGAGGUCUUUUUUUAUGGGGUUUCCUUUUUUGUUGGUCCCUGUGUAUGUUAGGGAGUGAGGAUUUCGAGGUAGAAGGUGGAGACUUAGAUGGUGUUUCUUUUCUACUCACUCAUCCCCAUGCCCUCCCCAUAUCUCAUUCCCGGCAAUAAUUGUAUACUGACAACCCCUAUAGUCCACGGCGGCCCCGACAAAGCCCUCCACCAAUACUACCCAGGCCACUACCCCCUCUGGCGCGCCGAGUUCCCCCACAAUAAUGGCUCCUUCCAGCCCGGUGGCUUCGGUGAAAACCUCAUCACGUCGGGGACCAUGAACGAGCGGAAUGUCUGUAUCGGAGAUAUCAUAUUGAUCGGUUCUUCUGUCCUCCUGCAAGUCUCUCUACCCAGACAGCCUUGUUUUAAACUCAACUCCCGAUUUGGACCGAAGAACUUUGCGCCAAAUACGUGGAGACUUAGUCGCACGGGGUGGUAUUAUAGAGUCUUGAAGCAGGGGUGGGUGCAGGUGGGUGAUGAGGUGAGGCUUGUGGACAGGAAGUGGGGGAGCUGGACUAUUGAGAGGGUGCAGGAGUAUUUGCAUAGGGAUACGGAGUGCGUUGAGAUGCUCGAGGAGUUGCUGGGGAUCGAGGAGUUUGGGGGGGAGUGUAAGAAAGCUUUUCGACGGUUGCUGAAUAGGGCUAGGGAGAAGGAUAUCCCGAAAAAGAAGGAAAUCUUCAAACCCUGGGUUUUGAAGGAGAAGAGUAAGGAAACUGCGAGGGUUUCUAGAUUCGUGUUGGAGAGAGUUGGGAAGGAGGAGGGGGAGGAGGUUCAGCCUGGUAGUUUUGUUAGGUUGAGACUGCCGGGUGGGAUGUUAAGGCCUUAUUCUAUCGUUAGCGGGACGCAGAAUCAAGUCGUCCUGGGUAUUGCACGAGAGGAGAAUAGUCGUGGUGGCUCGGUCUAUCUCCAUGAUUCUCUCACCGUUGGCGAAGAGGUCAUGGUUGGAAAUCUCACUGCCUCGGUCCCCUUCCCGGAGCAGUGCUCGAAACAUGUUUUCCUCGCUGGAGGCAUUGGGAUCACGGCUUUCCUUCCGCAUGCGAAGAAGAUGCGGAGGAUUCAUUUGGAGUUUAGCAUCCAUUUCGCGGUGAGGAGUUGGCAGGAAUUGCCGUUUAAAAAGGAGAUCCGGGAACUUGGGGAUAGAGUCAGGGUUUAUGAUGCGAGUAAAGGUGAGAGAAUGGAUAUCGAGAAUGUUAUUAAGGAAAGGGGGUGGAAUUCCUUUUUGUAUGUCUGUGGACCGGAAAGGAUGAUUGAGGGUGUCCGGACAGCAGCGGGGAAGCUGGGCGUUGGGGAUGAGGAUAUCCAUUAUGAGGCUUUUGCUAUGGAUGUUGGAGGGGACCCCUUUACGGUCUCUGUCAAGGGCGAUGAGAAGAAGAGGGUUGUUCGUGUUGGGCAGGAAGAGAGUCUGCAUGAGGCGCUGAAGAGGGAGGGCUGGGCGGUGGAUAGUAGUUGUGAGGUUGGGAACUGUGGGACUUGUCAGGUGAGGGUUUGUGAGGGGAGGGUGGAGCAUAGGGGGAGUGCGUUGAGUGAGAUGGAGAGGAAGGAGGGGGUGAUGUUGAGCUGUGUUAGUAGGGGUGUUGGGGGUGCUCAUUUGGUGGUGGAGGUUUGA